CUAAUAAAGUGCUGGGUGAUUGAUUAAAGUCACUGCUUUUCAACUCUUCUUGACAACAGAGAUUCAUAUUGUCAUCCUAAGAAUGACUUGUAAGAGCCUGCAACUAGGACGUUACUACAACCAUUUAUAGAACAAAAUAGAACAAGACCGGUUGUUCUAUUGCGGUGCUGUUUUUCGGCUUCGCGUUUGGCUCGCCUCAAAACCAACGAGGCUUCCGUAUGGCAUCACCAACAAACAUGGCGGCGCGCGUAGAGUCACUCGAUUGAAGUAGAAAACACCUCAAAAAAGUGUCGUCGCCAUAUUGCAAUCUCUUCGAAUCGAGCAAUAAAAUAAUGUUGAGCAGGAUCGACAGCGCUCGAACCGGUUUAACGCAUCAUGUCCAAGCGGACGACAUCCUCCACCGUUACUGCUUCGUCGUCUUCUCCGGAUGCCUCCUCAACUGAUACCCCUAAAUCUGUUUGCAAAAAUUGGCACAAAAAAAGUCAGGACAAGAACGACGCCGAAGUUCCCUUCGCGACCCUCUGGAAAGAGCUGCAGAGUCCUCAGUGCCAAGGCUACAGCCUAUCCUGUGGAUCCAACCAUGGAGACUCUACGGGUGAUCUGGAGCCAUCACAAGACAUCGUUUGGGAUGCCAUGUCACCCCCCAACGCUGGAGCGGGGCCGAAUGUCAGAACCUUGGAAAUAGCCGAAAUUGUCAAUCUCAUUGCGCCAAAGGACACGAAACCAAAAGGGCCGCUGUCGCCUCUGUGGCAGUGGAUGGGCAGCCCCACGGCCUUGACGCCUGAGGUGCCCAAAGCCAGAGUGAGGAAGAAGUCCGCUCGACAAAACAGCGUCAACGAGCUGAUAAGACUGGCCCGGCAGUUUGACGACAGCAUGCAGCAGGACAAGCAGGUGUCAGCCCAGCGAAACAACAACAACAACGAAAUCGGCAAAGCGGCAACAGAAACGCCGUCGCCACUGAACCAAACCGAGGCCGAGCUGCGAGCCCUUUUCGACUCCACCACUCAGAACGUCAGCGGCAGCCUGAGCCCGAUCUCCUCCAAAUCCUCCCAGGACAAAAGCCAGCUCAAAAAGUCCAGUCCCGCUCCUCAUAAAAUCAAGGAGUCAAGCAGCAAGUGUGCAGACUUUGACGACGACUGGGAGAAUGACGACAUGCUCAACGAUCCUUCUUUGCUGGCCCUGAUACAGAAUCCACACCAGGAUUCUGGCCCAGUCCGGCACUCGACUCAGACCAACCUGCGGGACUUAAGUCCCAAAGUCAAGCCCACCACCAGAAGCACUUUUAAGUUGGAGCCCAACCCUUACUUCCAAAAAUCUGUCCAGCGCAACCGAGAAACAGCCAAGAACAAGAUUUCCGACAGUAAAUGGGAUGACAGGGACGACGACGCGCUCUUCUACAAUGUGUGCGACAGUGUGGAAAGGCUCUCCCAACCCACAAAGACAACCACGCCUCUCCCCAUUCACCAAACGUUGCCCGCUAACAAGAAGUCGCCUCGCACUUUCAUGCGUUCCAAUUCGUUACCGGGCGAAACUUUGAAGGUCCGCCAAGGAUGUAACGCUCUGGUGUCCAAGAGUCUCCCGGCAGGAGGCCACUUGGAGGCUGGGCGGGAACCCUCGCAGGCGGCCUUCAAGAGAAGCGUAUGCCACACGGCGGUGAAGAGCUCCAAAGGUAAUGUCAGAC